AUGACUUAUACCGUUGCUCCUCAUCUCAAAUACUUCACCAUCCCUCUCACGGACUUUGUGGCCGCCCGACCUGAAUUUGAAGGGUUUGGUGUUGGGGCGUACGUUUUCUCUCAUGCCGAUCCCACCCCACGCAUCCUUCUUCUCCAGCGCGCACUGACGGACUCCAUGCCCGGCUGUUGGGAGGGCCCCGGAGGCGCAUGCGAACUGGACACCGACAAAACCUUACUCGAUUCCCUUGCCCGCGAAACGCUAGAAGAAAGUGGAUUGCAUGUGUCUCACAUUAUUGACCUCGUCGCGGUGAAUUGCGGGGAGCAUCAUCGCCAUAGUGGCGGCAAAAUCCGCAUUGCCAAGUACUCGUUCGUUGUCGAGGUUCAAGAGGCCGUGGGAUGGUUAGCAGGGAAACAGCAACCGGUGCCAACACUCCAAAUACCUGUCCAACUCGAGCCACUGGAACACCAGCAAUUCGACUGGGCGAUAAAAGAGGACGUUCUGCUUUCUGUCCGAUCACCUAACGGUCGAUACAGAUUCCCAUUACCCUUAAUUGGCCAUCAGGCACCUAAUAUCCUCCGGGCUUUUGAAUUGAUCGAACAACGAGAGAGCAAGGAUUGA